AUCUAUGGGUCUAAUAAAACUAAACAAGACCGUAUUAGUACGUUAGCAGUGUUUAUUAUACGUAGUUAUGAACUUUUUAUGAAUGAAAUCUAAACUAAUGUAUAUAAACUUAAACAGAAUUUUUGUUCAAUUCUACCUCGCAUUAGAAUAGGUCAUUUUAAAUGAACAAUGGUUCUUAUUUUGCCCUUUGUUAUUGUUAGAGACGAUAAGAAAUGGACAACCUUUUUAAAUGGAUUCUGAGGAUAGAUACUAUUAUGAUUACACUCCAACUGUAUAUGAAGUUUUCGAAUAUUGUGUUUUUCCGUCUAUAAAUGGAAUUUUACCAACGUUAAAAAAUUUAAUAAUUAUUAAUUUUUUGUUCAAUGUUUCUAUACAAUCAAGGUUAAUAUCUGAAACCACAUAUAAUGGAUUGUCUAUCCUACUUGGAUUCCUAUUACUAUUUUUUACACUCCCAGAAUUGAGUAUUUUAUGUAUUGUAGGGUUUAUAUGUCUCACUUAUGUAUUUCUUCUUACAAUUUGCAAAAUUCAAAAACAUCGAAGACUGAAUCUCGAAUAUUUGACAGGAUUUGUUUGUGCAAUAGUUUUAGUAAUAUGUGAAUUUGGCUUUAACAGUGAUACUUGGAUUCAAUUGAGAGGUUUUUUUAUGAUAGCAUGUAUGAAGAUUAUUUCGUUCACUUCAGAUUUGCAAAGAGGAGAAGAGUAUAGAUCUGUAUUAUUUUUUGGUUACAUUUUAUGCCCUGCUAAUUGUCUGUUUGGUCCUUGGGUUUCUGUUGGCGAAUAUAAAACUUUGUAUAAGAAUCCUGGAAAGAAGAAUUUUAAUUGGGCAACAAGAAUUAUUUGUAGUCUUUUAAAUGCAGUAUUCUUUUUAACUCUUUCAAAUUGCUGGGGAACUUAUUUUAUUCCUGAUGGAAGUUUCAAAUGGUUUGAAGCAUAUCGUCAAGCACUUUCCUUUAGAUCGAGUCAUUAUUUUAUAUCUUAUCUAUCAGAAACUUCAAUGAUAAUUGCAGGAUUUAAUAAUAAAAAAAAUGAACAAAAGAAAGGCCAUUGGAGUUAUGAAAUAACACAUCCUCUAGACAUUGAAAUCCCUUCCUCCCUGGUUAGUGUCGUUAUUAGUUGGAACAUACCAAUGCACAAUUUUUUAAAAUAUUAUGUUUACCGAACAUAUUUGAAAUAUGGUCGUUUUAGAGCAAUUUUUAUAACAUACUUUAUAUCUUCGCUUCUACAUGGUUUUAAUGUUGAAGUUGCUGCAGUAUUGUUAACAAUAGGCAUUUAUUCUUAUGUACAAUUAGUAGUUCAGGAUAAGAUAUCUUCUGUUUUUGAUUCAUGUCUGAAAGUUCGUCAUUGUAAAAAUUGUAAACACAAAUUUACUAGAAAAGAUAUUAGAGUAAAACUUGUUCGUUGUUUAUUUUCUUUAUUGACAAUUUUUCACUCAAUUUAUCUCGGGGUAUUGAUGGAUGCAGUUGGAGAUCCUAACAGGGAAAGUUUUUAUGAAAAAUGGUCAAACUUGAAUUUUCUUAGUCAUUGGGUAAUGCUUGUAACUUAUAUAUUUGGAAUUAUUUAAAUGCUAGUUAUACAAUCGGUAAAGACUAAUGAAUUUUUGUAUUUGCGAUUAAUUAAGAAAUAAUGUUUUAUUGUACAUAUCUUCAAAUGAUGCUGUUUUUCAUUAAUUAUAUGUUAAUUUUUUUGUAAUAGUUUUAUAAUAAAUAAUUAUUACAC